ACAAAAAUGAAUCGAUUGCCUCUAAGAAUCCGCAAAUUAUCGGAGUGUUUUCGAGAUAAAUCUUUGGAUCCUGUUACCGUGACUGAGCAUUCGCUAGCAUUGAUCGAUCAGCUAAAGCAUCUCAAUGCAUUCGUUCGAAUUUCCCGUACGCAGGCACUUCUUCAGGCCGAAAGUGCUAAAGACCGGUACCACAACAAUACGCCGAGGGGAGUGUUGGAUGGAGUAACAAUUGCCGUAAAGGAUAAUUUCUGUACCAAAGGCAUCCACACUACAUGUGCUUCUCGAAUGCUGGAGAGCUUCGUUCCAACUUACAAUGCAACCGUGGUGGAGAGACUGCAACAAUUGGGAGCUGUGGUUCUUGGUAAAACAAAUCUUGACCAAUUCGGCAUGGGCUCAGGAUGCAUUGAUUCCAUUUUCGGACCAACACGCAACAGUUGGAGCGAGGAGCUGGAAAAUGAUCUGUUCCGCAUAGCGGGCGGAAGUUCCGGUGGGUCCGCCGUCGCCGUUGCCGCGGGAUUAUGUUACGCAGCCCUUGGUUCGGAUACCGGGGGUUCAACAAGAAAUCCUGCGUCUUACUGUGGGGUUGUUGGUUUGAAACCGACGUACGGAUUGCUGUCCCGACAUGGCCUGAUCCCUCUAGUUAAUUCAAUGGAUGUGCCAGGCAUAAUGACUCGAACCGUUGAUGACUGUCGGUCCGUCUUGAACGCCAUAGCCGGCCCGGACGAUCGAGACUCAACGACGGUGAAAACGCAAUUUAAAACAAUACCUUCACCAGAUGGGGACAUUUCGCUUAAGGGGCUUCGCGUAGGUAUCCCGGUGGAGUACCACUGCGAUGGACUGGACAAGGAGGUGCUAGAAACGUGGACCAUAGUAGCUGACCUGCUUGAAUCCUCGGGUGCGACAGUAACAGCCGUAUCACUCCCCAACACUGCUUCAUCAAUUUUCGUCUACUCAAUCCUCAAUCAAUGCGAAGUAAGCAGUAACAUGUCACGCUAUGAUGGGAUAGAAUAUGGUCAUCGAUCACAAGAGGAUGCCAGUACGGAACAGCUGUACGCCAAAACAAGAGCGGAGGGCUUCAACAGUGUCGUGAAGAAUCGAAUUCUUUCCGGUAACUAUUUCCUUCUCCGGCAAAACUACGACAAGUAUUUCCAAAAGGCGCUUAAAGUUCGACGACUCAUAGCGGAUGACUUUGUUCAAGCGUUCAAAAGUGUCGAUGUCCUUCUCACGCCAACCACACUUACCGAUGCCCCGUUGUACAAGGAUUUUAUUCAAAGCAACAACCGUGACCAGUGUGCAGUACAGGAUUUUUGCACUCAAUCCGCCAACAUGGCCGGCAUACCGGCGCUUUCGGUUCCCGUUCGAUUGUCUUCGCGAAGACUACCGAUUAGCCUCCAGCUGAUGGGCAAUCAUUUCUCCGAAAAUGUCCUCCUGUCCGUGGCUGCUUGGAUCGAAAAGGAAGUGGACUUCAUGUCCUUCUACGAGUAA